AUGUCGACCAGUCAGACAACAACCAUAUAUAAGCUGAAUUUCGAUUCUACAGUUCCCUCCAUAUCACUAAUGAGGAAGCUGAACAUCUGUGGUACUCAGAUGUUGUUCACAUCAUCGUCGUUAUUUAUUGCGGUCGGAAAUUUUAAAAUAUGUGUUUUACGAUUUGAUGAUCACACGAUUGAAGAGAAUCCAGAAGUAAUCAUCGAAAGAGAAAAUGCAGGAGAAAUAAUUCGACUGCACAGCAACAUGAAUGAAACGUCUUUUGUUAUGCUUACAACUCGAAACGAAUUAUUCAUCCUAGAUGUUGAGGAAAAGGCUUUGCGUAAGCUGGAAAUUCGUGGAUCGGAUGUUUUCAUGGAUGCGCAAUUUGUCAGUAUCUCUUCGCUCUACAUUCUCUGUGCUGAUGCCAAACGUACAUUGAUCGAAUAUGAUUGCGAAAGCAAUUCCGUGCGUGACAAUGCCAUCUCAACUGAAGCACUUUGCAUGUUCAGCGAUGAAACAGCCAUGGCCAUGAACUGCAACAGCUCCGGUGGUAUCGUUCUGGCUGGCUCUGCAGGGAGCAUUCGAAUUAUCACUUUCAUGGCCGGGGAACGAGUGCUGUUCUGUGGCCCGGAAGCAGCAGCAUGUGUGCUGAGGAAAGAGGCAAGAGAGGACGAGAGUUGCUGGAUGCGUCGAGAUCAAUGUGCCCAGGCCUGUUGGCUAUCAGGCCGAAAAUUGCUCUUCACGACGCCAAUUAUGGUUGCCGAACCGUCACAAACUGCUUUUCGGCUUAAACGCUAUGGCCAGAACUGA